UAACCAAAUAACUGAUAAAUUUGUUAUAUACUGUAGUAGUGUGAGGCCACGGACAUACAAGUCACAGUGACCAUAGAUUAACAUCAAAGAUGUCAACUUUUCAGCUUCCAAUUAUCGAUUUAUCUAAAUCCAAAACAAAUCGAGAUGAACUAUCGAAACAGAUAAUUGAAGCCCUUGAAAAUGUCGGUUUUCUUUAUAUCGAUAAUGUAGAAGGCAUCGACUUUGCAAAAAUGUUUCAGUGUUGUAAGUGGUUCUUCAAACAGCCAAUAGAAAAGAAAAGAAAAAUCAUGCGAAACUUCUGGAAUCCAGAUAGUAAAAAUAUUUAUAGAGGAUAUUUUCCAGUUGUCGAAGGUGAACCAAGUAGAAAGGAAGGCUUUGAAUUUGGACGUGACGUUUCGUUAGAAAACAAAUCCAUCGAUCCGGAAAACUGGUUCUAUGAACGCACUCCAUGGCCGGAAGAAGAUGGAACAUUUCCAUUCAAGGAAUUUAUGCAGGCUCAAUACGAAGUUGUUCAUUCAGCGGCCAUGGAAAUUUUGCGUCUCACUGCAAAUGCACUUGGCGUGGAAGAAACAGCUUUUAUUCAUCUUUUUAAAGAAAAUCCUUGCAGCACGUUUCGCAUCAUGCACUACCCGCCAUGGGAUGGACCGCCACCAAAAAACGCGCGCAUCGAAGAUGGUAAGAUUCUGACAACACCUGACCAUUCUGACAGUAAUUUUCUUACACUUCUUUGUCUAUUCAAUUAUGAAGGAUUAGAAGUUGUUGGACCAGAUGGAAAUUGGAUACCGGUAGCGCCACGUGAAAAUAGUUUCGUUAUGAACAUCGGUGACCUAUUUUCUCGGAUGAUGAAUGGUCGAUUCAAAGCCACGCGACAUCGUGUGUUGGAUAUCGGAAUCGAUCGAUAUUCUGUUCCGUUCUUCCUUGAACCUGCAUAUGAAAGUGACAUUGGUGUUAAUUACAUGUCACAGUACAUAAAAGGCGGUCCGGAACAUAUUCCGGAAAAGUAUGGACAUUACAUGGUCAAUAUGGUCAAGUAUGUUCGCAAAUAUUUUGAAUACAAAGUCCUGCCAGACUUUGAAAAUGUGAAAGAAAAAUACUAUGGUAAGGGACAAAAAGACAUAUAAAGUAUAUGUGUUAUUGGUUGAGUAAAAGAAAAGUCAUUUAAAAGAAUUAUGAAAUGUAAAAGGGUUAAUUUAUAUAUACUGCUAGUUUUUCUCCUUAAACAUUUCUUGCACUAAAUUUCAAGCUUUUAACAUAUUAGAAAAACAAACACUUGAAUGUCAAAUACAAUUGUAAAGUUAUAAUUUAUAUACAUACAGUGACUAAAAUUGUUAUCCCUAUUAUAAAUAAAUAAAAAUGAUAAAAGUGAUCUGAUCUGGUGUUCGAACUAUGCACUUUCCAAACCAAAGCAGGUUCAAAUAGACUAGAGAAGACUACGUGUUCUUUCCUCAUUUGCAAAUAUGUACUUUUUAUAUCAUAUGUUCUAUCAUAUUUGCACAUUAUCAUAGAUAAAUUGUAUGACGGAUGAUUAAAUCAUGUCACAACAA